AUGGCAGAAAACUCUAAUACUCUCUCUGUUAAUCCAAUUGAUACUUCUAUGCGAAAAUCUAGUGGUAAACCAAAGUCAAUUGUAUGGGGAAUACAUAUUAAGCAAGGAACCCAAAUCUCUAAAGGUCAUUGGAGUGCAACAUCUACACCAGAUGUUCGUAACCUAUUUUUAGAGCGAUUAACUACAAGAGCACUUGAUGUAACAUCAAAAAAACGAAAAUUAAAUGUUCAGUUACAACUUUCUGACUUUGUUGAAAGUACCAAGUUAACACCAGAUCAUAUUAAAGAUAUAAAUAAAGCCUUAUUAUUAAAAACAUUACAUCCAGCAUAUGAACCGCCAUCUAAAGAUAUUCUUUCUGGUCACUAUUUGGCACAAGAAACAGCAUUUGUUAAUCAAGCGAUGAUCAAACAACUAAAUAAUUCAAAAAAUUUAACUAUUGGAAGUACUCUUAAAACUCUAGCAGAAGAAAAUUCAAUUGAAGGAGGUAGCCUUAAACAAUGGGUAGAUACUCGUUGGCAUACUAUAUAUAAUUGUAUAUCCUCUGUUAUAAGGCAUAAAGUUCCAUUAGAAAAAAUUCGUAAUAAUAAUUCAGAUAUUCUAAAUACUUCAGUACAAGCAAUCUUAUGCACUAAAGCAUUUUUUAAUGACUUAAAUGCUUUGGCAUUUGUGCUUUAUCCUAUUAAAAUGGCAAUAUUAACUCUUGAAUUAUGA